AUGACGAUGCCAAGUACCUCGUACUUUGAUCUCAGAUCAAUGCAGCAGCUGAGUACAUUUGACGCCAUCCAAGUCUCGCCAUGUCUUAUUACUCGACUGGAGGAGUACAAACGGUAUCUGGCUUCGUCGAUAGUCCCUCUCUCGCUUCGUCCAGCGUCGUGCCGUGAUUCCAGUAUCAACCCACACACCUCAGCAAGAGCACACAAUCUCACCAAAGCCUACUUCUACUGCCCUCCACUUGUCGUUGCCGCUGCUACCGCUGUGCACACCACCGCCAGAGGCUCUGGACUUGGUGCUUUCGAGGCAGCAAAAGCAGCCCCAAAAAAAGCGCUUGCGGCUACUGCAGCCAAGCAGGUCACCUGCACAGCACCGUUUGCAGCGACAGGGAUCCUCCAGCGCUGGCCCAGUCCGUGCGCCCUCCACCAGAGCCCCGUCAACCCGUCGCGGUGGCGCAUCUCGCCCGCAUCGCUGCUGCUGCUGGGACUCCCCGAUCCCCCGGAGGAGCCCGCCAGAACGCUGGCAGAAGCCCUGGACAGCGGCCUCGACAGCCUGAAGGCAGCCGGGGGGCCCUCUGGAGGCCUGGGGCUCUGGAGGGGCCUGCCCCGGACAAGGUGGGCACGUGAUGCAAGCGUCCAGUAUCUCGUCCUGCAAGGUCACCACCCUGCUGUCGUGAUCCCUGAGAUGCGCUCCAAAAUCCCCCGAGCAAUAUCGACGAUUGCCGACCGCCGGCGACGCGCAUUGGGCGGUAUCCUGUCACUUCUCUGCUCUUGCUAUUUUCUGCUGCCACGGCUGACGAUGGCCUGAGUUCUCCUGUCAAAUCAUCCCAGAUCCUCCCUACACGUUCGCCCGCACAAUAUGCAUGGCUGACACGAAGUCGCAGCCAGCUUUUUGGCGCCAAACAAUGGUCGACACACCCACCAGCAACCGCUGCUGCCAAUUGCCGUCGCUC